GCGCUCAUCUUCCACCCUCGUAACACCACACACAACUUUAUCCGAUGGCGAGCCACAUCGCCGGCCCAUGACCCCCCCUCUCAGGCUUGAGAAAUCGGCUGCCGUGAUUUGCACCCGGGUCCGGGCUUAGUCGUUAAACAUGGCAGACAGCGACGUGGUUACCGACGCCGGCGAGGGCAGGCGGUCAUCGAUUGAGAAGAAGCCCAUCGUCAUACCCAACGACGACGAUGACGACGACGACGGCCUCAAGCCCACCGAUCCGCCCGCCUUCGAGCGCCUCCCGGAUGAAAUCAUCGAACAAAUCCUCCGGGCUACCGACCCCAAUGGCUUCGCGUCGCUGGCCCUGCUCAACUCGAAAUGGAGGAGUGUCGCGCAGCAAGCCCACCUAUACGCCUACCACCUCGCCAGAUGCCCGUCGUACUCCAUGAGCCAUAAUGGCCCGCCCAAGGCCACCAGCGACGACGACUUGCCCAAGCUCCGCCGGCUAUUUGCGAGGGAAGUCAAACGCAACCUGUUCGAGGCGUACCUUCGUCCCAGCCGCACCAUCAUCAAGAUCAUCUCGAACUCGAUCAGCUCCUCGUCGUCCCCGAGCGGCGAAGACAUUCAGUUCAGCCCCUCGCCGAGAGGGCACCAUCUGCUUGCCUAUAACUCGUCCAGGAUACACGUCCUCGACCUCCGCGCUCCCGAGAUCGUCGUCAAGAGGGAGUUCAAGAUCCUGCGCCGCCCCGCCGCGACGUGCAUCAACGACGAAGGCACCAAGCUGGCCGUCCUGCUGACCGAGAUGGAGGUGGACAUAUACGAUCUCAACGAGAAGCCGCCAAAGCGGACACACUCUAUGAUCCUGGACCACAACCCCCGCGCCAUCGCGCUCUCUCCCUGCGGCUCCGUCCUGGCCGCCGCCUACGAAGGCGGCAUCGAGGUCUCGUCCAUCAAUCCGGGGGCCCUGGCUACCGACAGGAGAGCCGUCAAGUGCGACUCGGUCGACGCCUUGACCUUCUCCUUCGACGGGACGCAAAUCCUUGGCACGACGGUGCAAUCGUGCCAGCCCAACACGGUCAUCCUCACCGCCCCUUAUUACGAUCCUGCCAGCCACAUGUCCGAUGACAACAAUAUCAGUGCGCUCUGGACGACCUCGAUCCUCUUUCCCAACACCAGCCGCGACUGCAGCCAUGCCGUCCUGAUACAGAACGGCACCUACGAAGACGCCGCCUGGACCUUCACUUACGACAGGAGCUUCGAGACAUUCCGAGCCGUGCGCAUCGAUGACCUGCGCAAUGGCACGACCUACUUUACCGGGCCGGUGCCCAGUCCCAACUCUCAAGCUCGCCUGCUCCCCUGCACACUUCCCGCGGCUUCCUACCACGGCGAUCUCGUCUCGGCCGGCUUCCAAGGCAAGGACGUUUGGCUCUAUGGCGUGCCCGAGGAUCUCGCCGCGGUGCCCGAGGCCGCGAGUGCCGGUGCCGACAACGGCUCCAACGGGAGCGGGCUCUCCCGCGGCCCGUCCAUCCGCUCCAGCGCCAGGAUGCAGGAGAACGAUUCGGUGAGGGUACCGCAGUGGCAGAUUCUUUGCGACAAGCUUCGCAACACCUUCGUCGCCGGCUACAAGGUCGGUGAGCUGGAGGGCGUCAACACGGUCAAGUUCGUGGCCGAUUUUUCCGACUCCAGCAUGAAGGAGCGCUUGGUCGUAGCCGCUCGCGGUGUACUAGCGCCCAACAUGGGCCUGACGGAGGAGGAGGCGGUCGACUUCGUCGACGGUGGCCGCAUCACUAUCAUGGACUUUGACUAUGCCGUCAGCAACGGCACCACCAGGGAGUGCGUUAUCGAGGUCGGCACUACGGAGGAGCCGGAAGUGCUAGAGGAAGAGCACCGCGACAUGGCCACCGAGGUUGCUAUUGUCCGGAGACGGACGGUGGCCCAGAACAGGCGAAACCAUGGCGCCGCCGUCCUGCGCAGCACGACAACUACCUCCCGCCCCCCUCCGCUACCUACCCAGACCUCCAGCCAGUCGGGGGCGGGCGACGAUGACCCUCUUGUACCGCGUCGGAUCGGCGUUCCCCCCACCAGGGCGACGCAGCAAACGGAGACGAGCGACGAUGCCGAGACGCAGUCGAUCGAAGAGCAGGAAGCGCUGGACGCGCCAUACUCCCAUGCAAGCCCCCGGUCCGGGACGACGCUGCGCCGUGCCGCCACCGCGGCCGCCAACACUCGCCGGCUCCAUCCGUCAGCAGCCGCUGCCGGCCACAUUGUUUAUCGCAGAGCCGACGGGCGGGCCGAGCAUCCCCACGAGAGCGAUGCCGACAACUGGGUCCCGCCGCCGCCCCCCUAUCAGAAGGAGGAUCCGUGCGAUCUGCCUUCCUUCCUCCGCCAUUCCGCCAUUCUCCCCCUGGUCGGCCCAAUUACGCAGCCGGCCGGGCAGGAUGCAGAACCGAGGCCAGACAGGAAAGCCCUGCGCAACUCGUCGGCGUCGAUACAUCAUCAUCAGCACCGUCGAGCUCACACAGCAACAUCGGCCAACCGGUUCUCGUCACCCGUUCCACCCGUCCCACCGCUUCCGUCGCUCUCGGGCAUUCCCCCGGUCCCGCCGGUCCCGCCGGUCCCGCCUGUCCCUCCUGUUCCAUCUCUUCCCCCGGGUGUAGCCGGUUCACCGUUGCCCCCUGCUGCCCCCCUUCCGCAUGCUCAAUCUCGGCAGCGCAGCGGGAGUCUGGGCGGCCCGUCAGCCAACGAAGAUGCUGCACGGCCGGCGUCACGGAGCUCGCGCUAUCUCGAAGGCGAGAAUAUCUACGACGUCUCCCCACCCGACUCGCCUGCGCUGGCGCCGGUGCGACAAGAGGUCUCGCGUGACCAAAGUAACCCUGAGCAACCUGCUCAAACGAGCAUGGUGUCACCUGCCUCACCCCAGACAGCAGAUGGUGGAGCCACUGCAACCACAACUGGUACGCAGACGGCUUCCGUCUCCCCAGAGGGCGGCUAUCCGGCGACUCUUGAUGUCCAGGCGGCGGUGCAGGCUGCGACGCAGGCCAGCAGCAGCCUUGUUCCUCCCUCAGAUGAGCCGCCGGCCGCGGAUCCCUUGGUACGGCGUAUCUCGGUCUCGAGGACCUGGCCGAUCCAACCGAUGCCAAUAAACACCAACGCCGCCCCGACUGGAUAUCCCUACUCAGCGCCGCCCGUCAACAUGAACGCCGGCGAGGCCUUCUCCCAGGCUCUCCCUCCCCCGCAGGGCGAGCCGAACCCCAACACUAGCCGCCGCACCUCGUACCACCGCCCCGUCUCCCAGCAGCAGCACUACUCCUUCCCGCGACCACGGCCACAGUCGCCCACCGCACAGUUUCAUGCCCGCGCCACCAUUCACGAACCGCAGCCCAGGCGGCCGCUAGACGAUGUCGGCACAGUCAGCACGCCUCCCGUCGGGGACAUGCCUCUGAUCAUUAGCACGCCCAAGGGAAUCUCGGGCGCCUUCGACCCGCCGGAACGGCAACCCUCCCAAAGCCGCGCCGAGACGCCAAUCCUCGCUCCCAUCCCUCGUCACCCGCGACCGCAGACCCAGGCUUCGAUCCUCCGCCCGCAGGACCAACAGCAGCAACAACCACCACCAUCACAACCACCCCACAUCAGCACCAUGUAUGGCGGACCCCUCCCGCCUCCCGGAUCCAACUCGGUACCCCCAGUCCCCCCAGUCCCCCCAGUGCCCCCGGCUCCAGGAUCGACAACUUCGACGGGGAGGCUCUCCCGACGGCUGCCGAGCCUGAGACGGAGGCGGAGCAGGGCGGGGCGGUCGGCGGCUAAGAACGUGGCGGACGCGAAGCGGCGGGGGUGGAGCGGGCAGUCGACGAGGAGCAAGAGCACGAAGCGAGGAGGCGGCGGCAGGACGGGAGAGGCGGACUUCGACGCUGCCAGCAGCGCCGCCUGGACGGACGUCACGGCCGACGCUUACAGCGUCCGGGACGCGUUCGGGAUGGGCGGAAGGGGCAGACCGGGGACGGGUGGCGGCGCUAGUGGCAGCGGGCCGGGAAGCAGAGCCAAGAAGGGGAAGUGUGUUGUUAUGUGAACGAUCCCGGGGUUGCUGCCAAUAGCGAGAGAACAGAACAUGUGGUGGAGGCCCGAUAUGGUGGUUGGAAUGCAUCUUAG